AUUUGUCCGGAAGUAAACAAUGGGAAGUUGAACUUUGGAAGAAAAACGUGUUUUAUCCGUUUUACUUUUAAUGUAAGGGCACCACCCCAUCAAGGUCCUUGUUGAUUUGGCAGAGAGGCAAUCUUGGAGAUUCAACACUGAAGAAAACGGUCAUUCACACACAUCCAGUACACUACCGUAAGCAGUCUACUUACUUGUGAUGCAGGACCAAGGUGGAACAGAUGCCUUUUGUAAAGCUUUAAGAUUCAAAAAGGGAUCCACAAUCCAGAGGAUUUACUUAGAAACAUAACACAUGUAAUCAAAAUUCUCCAACUCCAAGCUACUAGAUCUCUAUUACCAACACCAAUAAGGAUAUAUACUCUCGUAGGUCUAGCAGUAAUACAUCCCCAAUCACCCUGUACAAAUUACACUGUGAGUCUAUUAAGACAAUAAUGGAAUGGUGCUCAGCUGAAACAAACCCUAACAUGUUUGACAUUUCUGAGCUGAAAUUCAAAGCAUUCUUAAAACCUGUUAGAGUUAACGUCGGGAUUGAACAUGAAGAACUGGAUGAUGUUCAGAGUCAGGUGAACAACAUCUUGAACUUCUUAAAUAGUGAAGAAGAGGUCAAUAAUGACGCAAGUGCGGAGUAUGAACCUGCCACUGUCAUACCUGAAAAAGAAUUGGAUGUAAAUCCACAGAAAAAUGGCUCUCAAGAAGUGCAGAUAGAUUCUGACAGAGAUGAUGAAUCAGAGGGAUUGGAAGAGAUGGAAGAUUUUACUGAAGAGGAGCAGGAUGUUCCUAAGAAAGAGGACAAUUUUGGAAGCAUGAUAUCAAAGAAAAGAGUGCCAGUGAUAAAGCUGCCAAAAAUUUCAAAGGAGAAGUUGCUGGAGGAUUAUGAAAGGAGUAUUUCAAAAAAGAGCACAGCAGUGGAAAUGUAUUUAAAGAAAACAAAUUCAAAGACAGAUUUCAUGGAGAAAGAUGGAGAUUUAAAUAGUUGUUUCUCCAAAGAUGAUAGAAAGGAAUCAAGUUCAAGGGAAGAUUGCACACCAGUGGAAGAACAUUUAAAGAAGGCAAAUUCAGCUACUGAUUUAAAUAAGAAAGAUGGAGAUUCUAAAAGCUGUUCCUCUGAAGAUAAUGUACAGAAUGAUGAUGUAAGAGUUAGUGAUGGAUCUGAUUAUAUGGAAUCCAAUAAGGAAGAUACAAAAGAUGAGAGUUCCAAGUCCAAAAAUGAAACUGGCAAUAAAGCAUUUUAUGUUCCUCAGAAAGAGGGGGAUGUUUCAGGAAAUAAAAAUGAUGCAUCUAGAAAGUUAGAAGAUUCAGAUGAAGAAAAAGAGGAUGUUUAUGAAGAUGAAGAGAAAGAAGAUACAGGUAAAGAAAAAGAAGAUGCAGAUGAAGAGAAAAAUUCUGAAAGAAGCAUUCUAAAUGUAAAAAUAACAAAAAAACCUAAAAAAAGCAUUUCAGAAGAGAAAAUGAUGGAAAAUUGUGGAAACACUAUAUCAAAGAAGAGAGUGCCAGUGAUAAAGCUGACAAGAAUUUCAAAGGAGAAGUUGCUGGAGGAGUAUGAAAGGAGUAUUUCAAAGAGGAGCACAGCAGUGGAAGUAUAUUCAAAAAAAAUAUAUUCAAAGACUGAUUUCAUGGAGAAAGAUGGAGAUUUUAAAAGCUGUACCUCUGAAGAUGAUUUACAGAAUGAUGAUGUUAGUGAUAGUGAUGGAACUGAGUACGUGGAAUCUGACCAGGAAGAUGUGGUAUAUGAAAGUUCUGAGUCCAAAAAUGUAACUAGCAAUAAAGUAUUUCCUUGUUUUCUAUGUGAUGAAAAGUUUUCGACUAAAAAUAAAAUGCUAAAUCACAGAAGACUGCACAACUUCCCACUAUGGCCAUUGAGUGUAGGAAAAGGUGCAAUUUGUGAUGAGUGUGGCAAGGUGAUUAAAUCUAGAUCUGCCCUUGCUUCUCAUAAGAGAAUGCAUGUGGCUGAAAAGAUGAAAUGCAGAGUUUGCAAAGAGACUUUCUCAGAAGCUCUCCAUUCACGCCAGCAUGUAUGUAAUGAGGAACAACGAGUUAAACAUAUAUGUGAGUUAUGUGGAUCUACAUAUAGCAGAAGGGGUGACUUAAAUCAACAUAUGCUUAAGGUGCAUGACGAUAGAACAUAUGAUUGUGAACAGUGCGGAAAAUCUUUUAAUCAUCCAGCUAAUUUAAAAUUACAUCUUAAGAUCCACAAAGGAGAAAAAUCCUUUAUCUGUGACAUUUGUGGGAAGGGAUUUAUAUUCUCUGGGGCACUGAGUCGCCACAAGAAGGUACGUCAUGCAGGGAUUAAACCCUUCAAAUGCAUUACAUGUGGAAAGUGCUGUAGCUCGAGAUCCAACUUAAAUAGUCACCUGCUCUCUCAUACAAAAGAGCUGUCAUUCAGAUGUGAUCUGUGCCCAAAAGCUUACAAUCAUAAGACCUCCCUCCAGUUACAUAUGAAAAAUCAUCAUCAUUAUGAUAAAAGUGAUAUGUGACAUACUCAUGUUCCUCCUCCUGUACAGAUGUUCUUGUUUCAAUUUUUUUUUUCAAAUUCAUAUCUGUGCAUGUUUUAAAAUAAGUUGCUAUAUUUAAUGAUUUCACAAUGGAACUUCAUUUUGUACAAAUUAACUCUAAGGAAAGAUAAAAAAUGAAUACAUGUACUAGUAAAUCAAAAUAGGAUUGAAUCAAUCUUAGUGUAUCCUUAUAAUUCUACUUUCACUUGUCUUCUGUGUUAAGUCAACAUUGUCAAAGAACAUUUGUGCAGAUUAUGGUCCACUUGGUAUUUAAUUAUACCCGCACUUUCGAAAGAAAGUUCGGGUAUAUUGUUGUUACUCAUGUCCGUCCGUCCGUCCGUCCGUCUGUCACACUUUUCUUCCCUGAACUCCUCCUACAUUUUUCACAGUAGCUUAAUCAUCCUUUGGGAGAUGGUUGGGGGUGUCAUGUAGAUGUGCAGUAAGGUUUCGGAAUUUUGAUUUUGCCCCGGGGGAUCAAAUGGGGGUCGAAAAAUGACGUUUUUUAUACAAAAA